UUUCAACCACAACUGAAACUUCUACGGUUGUGCCGACACUCACAGCUACCGUGACUGCUCCAACUUCAAUUGUUACAGAUUCAACUACUGUCACAAGUCCAUCAGUAACAAUAACCACAACAACUCCUGGUGUCACUCCUACAAAUGCUGCUUCUUAUGUGAAAUCUAAUGCUGGUGUUGGUGCAAUUUGUGGUGUUGCAGCAUUAUUUGCUGCUAUUCUUUAA